GAUGGCCACAGAGGGAAAUGACAGAGAGUCCCACCUUCCCUCAGGACGGGCCGAGUCCCACCUUCCCUCAGGACGGGCCGAGUCCCACCUUCCCUCAGGACGGGCCGAGUCCCACCUUCCCUCAGGACGGGCCGAGUCCCACCUUCCCUCAGGACGGGCAGAAUGACAUCUCUCUUCAGGAAAGGAUCUCCCCCAGAGAACAGUACGCUGUGGAUGAAGCGCACUACACCUGCGGUGUGAGUGUUGUUAAUAAUGAACAUGUAAAUAAAUGUGAAUACAUCAGCAUCUAA